AUGGCUGUAUCCACACAGGAGCCUAUCAUCACUGAGCGAUUGAUCCUUCGCCAAAUUCAACCUUCCGAUGCAGAGGCCGUUUUUGCUUUCAUGACUGUACCCUCUGUUCUGAGAUACACCUCGCGAAAACCUCUGACCGAAGUCCACCAAGCAACAACCUAUCUCAGUGAGCGUACCUCAGGUCCCAACAUCUACAACUUCGCCGUAUGCCUAAAGGACUCCGCAAGCACACUCAUUGGUCUUCUCGGCUGCUAUUCCUACCCAGAAAUCGGAUACUUGUUCUCGCCCGCUUAUGCCGGUAAAGGAUAUGCCACUGAGGCUCUACUUACCUUCACUCCUGCAUUGUUCGCUGUCAUGCCAGUAGAGCAGAUAUUCGCAGAAGCCUACGUGGAUACGGAGAACGUUGCUAGUAUUAAAUUGCUAGAGAGAUGUGGUUGGCAGAGGUGGGGAGAAGUGGAACAAGGGGCUUAUACAAGUCCACUUCUGGGGCUCAGGGACAGUGUAUGUUACAGGAUUGCUCGGGAGGGAUAUCAACUGGAGGAUCUGGUGAGCAAAGAGGAGGAGAGGGCCUUUGUACCAGAUCUGCAAUGA